CUAGAAGACUCUCGAAAGUUCGCUGGGAGUUAUGGGUAACAAAUACUUCGACUCAAAACACAACAUGGCGGCAAUGAAGUGUCGAUAGAACCGGGAAGUCGGGGAUAAUGCGAGCAAAUGGGAUUCAUCGGUCUUCCCUUGCUCCCGGCUAAGAGAUGGAACUUUUCCAAGCCCAGGACAACUUCAUAAUUUUGAAUGGACGAGACAGUUUAUGGUGCAACCGGCAAGAUGGCCGCCUGCAACCGCGAUUCGGAGUUGAUCUGGGCGAAGCUUGGUCCUUGAAAUGCCGUGGAAUUGUGUAUGGAGUCAUUGGAAAAAUACAGUUUUUCCCUGGUGCUGACUGGAGGCUGUUGGUGAUAUCCAAGAGAACCCUCCUUGGUUCUUUGCCAGGAGGUCAUGAAGUGUAUAGAAUUGACAGAGUGGCAGUGUUGACAUUAUCCUCCAAUGAAUCACCAGAAUUUGAACUUGAUCCUUGUGAACUACAUCAAAGUGGAGGCAGGGCUCGUAAAAUCCUAGGUGUUGGAGGAGGGGGACUGGGAGGGAUAGACAAUCAGCAGAGAGUACUGGGACAGACAUGGAGCAAAAUCAAGACAGCAGCUUCGACCUUGAAGGAAAAGAACAUCAAAGACAGAGACCUGAAAGACAAAGAGAAAUUAGAGAGAAGAUUUGUUGAGGAGGUGCUGAAGAUGUUUAAUGACUCUGACUCAUUCUUUUACUCACCCACUGGAGACCUGACCAACACACUGCAAAGACAGUUUAGUGGAAAAUACAAUACAGCUGAUCCUCUUUGGAAGCGGUGUGACAAGAGGUUCUUCUGGAAUGAAUUCAUGGUGAAGGAGCUUUUGAAUAGUGAGGAUCCCCUUGCCUGCAAAUGGAUUACACCUAUAAUCCAAGGCUAUUGCAAGAUAGCUCACUGUGUUAACACAUUUGAAGAUGAGGAUGCUGAGGAGGGGGAGGAGAGGAAAACAGUACCAUUCCCCCCUGAAGAGUUUGAAUUGGCACUCAUAUCCAGGAGGAGUGUGUAUCGAGCUGGGACACGUUACAGAAGGCGUGGUGUAGAUGAUAAUGGAGAUGUUGCAAAUUAUGUUGAAACAGAACAGAUUAUUUGCACUUCCACACACAAUGUGUCAUUUGCACAAGUCCGAGGCUCUGUACCUGUGUACUGGAGUCAACCUGGUUACAAAUACCGACCACCACCGCGAUUAGACAGAGAUGAAAAGGAAACACAGUUGGCCUUCAGGAAGCAUUUUGAUCAUCAACUAGAACUUUAUAAGACUGUGGCCGUCAUAAAUUUAGUGGAUCAAUCAGGCAGGGAGAAGAUAAUAAGUGACGUUUUCAUAGACAAUAUCUUGGGCUACAACAGUCCUUUCCUUACGUACAUCACCUUCGAUUUCCAUGAAUACUGCCGUGGAAUGAGAUUUGAAAAUGUUUCUGUGUUGGUGGAGAGUAUCCUUGAGGUUAUUAAGGAUGUGAGAUACUGUUGGACUGAUGAUAGAGGAAUCAUUUGCGAUCAGCGAGGUAUAUUCCGUGUCAACUGUAUGGACUGCUUGGAUCGGACGAAUGUUGUGCAGGCAGCCUUAGCACGUCACAUUAUGGAACAACAGGUAAAUUCAUCUGAAACUGUCAAAAUGCUGAACGUGCAUUUUGCACAUGUGGCAAAUGUUUGGUACUCUGUUGGGCGUAACAAUAGUGACGGUGUUCGUGAUCGCGUUUAUUGUCGCUUUCAUGAUCGUGAUCGUGGUCGCGAUCUUCUUCGUGAUCGUGUUCGUGGACGUGACCGUGUUCGUAGUCGUGUUCGUAGUCGUGGUCGUGGUCGUGUCCGUGUCCGUGGUUGUAAUGUCUACCAGUACCCCGAAGUAAAUGACUUUCUGUUGUUCUUUGGAAGGACUGAUGAUAGAGGAAUCAUUUGCGAUCAGCGAGGUAUAUUCCGUGUCAACUGUAUGGACUGCUUGGAUCGGACGAAUGUUGUGCAGGCAGCCUUAGCACGUCACAUUAUGGAACAACAGUUCCUUUUUUGGCUCAUAGAUGUAAUGCUUGGGAACCCUGUGACAGAAGACAUCGCGGCACUGAUAGCUGCCAUGAGGAACGGUCCGGAGGAGGAGCAGUGGACGAUGGAGAGAGAGGAGUGUGUGGCGCAGUUAGUACAGCACUGUAAACAGCUGCUGCUUACAGAUGAAGAAGAGUGUAUGUGUGGCUGGGCCUUGGUGGACCCUUUUUACAGCACGGAUGGUGAAGUGACACAGGACCAGGAUGUCAUUCUCUUGCUCACUUAUCAGGCGUACUAUGUGGCCAGCUACGAUGACGAGGCGGAGAGGAUAACCCAGUACGAACGCAUCGCGCUUGAAGACUUAGAAAAGAUUGAGAUUGGUGAGCCAUUUCAAAGUCAUCUUUUGUCAGUUGGCAUCUUGUUUCAGCAGACAUCCAGCACAUGUACACACAGCCAAAACUAUGCUUGGUGUGAAAUCAUUUUCCGCCGGCACUCAGGCUCUCUAAUGUCAGCGUUAAGGAUGAGUGUGACCAUUUUUGCACUGACAUCUAAUUCCUCUUGUCCAGGUGUACUGCUGUGUAUUGCGGACGCAUUUGCCUCAGCAAGGGCAACAUUAGAGCUAGGAUUGAAAGUCACGGAGUGCCGAUUGGACAGAAAGAAAACCAAGGUUGCUCCAAGUGUUAUUCAAAUCUCUUCCAAGUCACGCCUCAGCAGCUGGUCUAGUUUGGACACUAAGCUUCGAAGCAAGUCCGUCGUUGAACGCAACUUAAGCGUAUCGUCCUUUACGUCCCUUCGCCGCUCCGAUCUCGGCGACCUACCCAGGUCUUUCUCGGACUCUUGUCUCGCGAAGAGACGCCUGGAGGACGAUGUGGAUGAAUUUAAAAAUCCUAGUUCCAGUGCUCCGCAGAGCUGUUCUGGCAGUUCUGGGAGUGAUGAAGACGAAGAUGAGGGGUCUGGGGAAACUGAGGACAUGGAUCGCUUUGAACCAUCGGUCAGCAAUGGUGAAAGGAUAAGUACUGCUGGCCUGGAGGUCAAAGACGAUGCGGAAGAAAGCGAAGUGGAGUUAUUGCCUGAAGAUAAAGCCGAGAAUGACGAAGCAGAGAAUGAAAACGACGAAUCGUGUGCGUUAGAUAAAGCCCUUCAAAGUGAAGACCUCACUGAGGAGGGCGUUUCUACCCAGCCAUGUGCAUUUGUUGUAGGUGAUGAGGCAGGCGCUGAAGAAGGGGACGAAGAGAGUAGCAAUGAACGCGAAGCCAUCGUGGAGGGAGAAAACAGCUCCAGAAAAGCGUCUUCUGAUUCUGAUUCUAACAAGGAAGAAGCGGAGAGUCAAGUCAAUCACUGGGUACAUGAGAAGGUUAGUGAGUCAAACGAAGGAAAUGAUGACGAGGGUCAGAAUAGGAGAAUUGAAGAAAAUGAAAUAACUGGUGACCAACCAGCACAGGAGAAAAGUGAACUUACAGAACACAAUGGUAGUUCUGAGUUAAGCACUACUGAAGACAAAGCCACGUCACAGUUUAAACAGGAAAAUGGAGAAAUCAAAUUAAAAGACCUAGAAGGUGAAGCGAAAACCCAAGAUCCGCAGAUAAGUUUCCACGGAGCGACUGCGUCGAUGCGAAUCAGUCAUUCCAACGUGGAGCUGGGCAGCAUGGCGUCCUCUGGGACACUGAGCAAUGGCGAACGAAGCCCGGAAAGACGACGAAUCUCUCGAUUUCUGAAUCGUUCCACCGGAAACCGAACCCCGAAGUUGAACAUUUUUGCCACUGCGCAGGCGCGUGGGCGUACUCUUCUUCCGGAACUGCGCAGUAAGUUGUCUUCGUUUUCCCAGCAGGUUCGCUCCAGGUCACCGCGGUUAAACACCAAACGACCGAGCUUGCACGGGGAAACUAACAGUCAACAGAAACAACGUAGAAGAACUUGUCGCACUAAAAUUAUUGAAUUAGUCAGCAAUGGUGAAAGGAUAAGUACUGCUGGCCUGGAGGUCAAAGACGAUGCGGAAGAAAGCGAAGUGGAGUUAUUGCCUGAAGAUAAAGCCGAGAAUGACGAAGCAGAGAAUGAAAACGACGAAUCGUGUGCGUUAGAUAAAGCCCUUCAAAGUGAAGACCUCACUGAGGAGGGCGUUUCUACCCAGCCAUGUGCAUUUGUUGUAGGUGAUGAGGCAGGCGCUGAAGAAGGGGACGAAGAGAGUAGCAAUGAACGCGAAGCCAUCGUGGAGGGAGAAAACAGCUCCAGAAAAGCGUCUUCUGAUUCUGAUUCUAACAAGGAAGAAGCGGAGAGUCAAGUCAAUCACUGGGUACAUGAGAAGGUUAGUGAGUCAAACGAAGGAAAUGAUGACGAGGGUCAGAAUAGGAGAAUUGAAGAAAAUGAAAUAACUGGUGACCAACCAGCACAGGAGAAAAGUGAACUUACAGAACACAAUGGUAGUUCUGAGAUAAGCACUACUGAAGACAAAGCCACGUCACAGUUUAAACAGGAAAAUGGAGAAAUCAAAUUAAAAGACCUAGAAGGUGAAGCGAAAACCCAAGAUCCGCAGAUAAGUUUCCACGGAGCGACUGCGUCGAUGCGAAUCAGUCAUUCCAACGUGGAGCUGGGCAGCAUGGCGUCCUCUGGGACACUGAGCAAUGGCGAACGAAGCCCGGAAAGACGACGAAUCUCUCGAUUUCUGAAUCGUUCCACCGGAAACCGAACCCCGAAGUUGAACAUUUUUGCCACUGCGCAGGCGCGUGGGCGUACUCUUCUUCCGGAACUGCGCAGUAAGUUGUCUUCGUUUUCCCAGCAGGUUCGCUCCAGGUCACCGCGGUUAAACACCAAACGACCGAGCUUGCACGGGGAAACUAACAGUCAACAGAAACAACGUAGAAGAACUUGUCGCACUAAAAUUAUUGAAUUAUGAUAUCCGGUUACUCUUCUGUUUGGUGCUGGGAUAGAUUAUAGUGGCCUUUGAUUCCUUUACUGCAUUUUGUUGUUGUUGUUAGUAGGUCAAUAAAUCACAAAAGACACUUAUAAGAACAUUGAAUUAAUUGAUAACGACAGUUUGACAAGACUUGCGGAGCGUAUGACGGAAAGGGGGCUUGGGGGAGCUGAGGAUUGGACACAAAUAAGUAUCAAUAGAAUUUUUUUGCUAUAUUUCACGUUAAAAACCAUUGCUUUGCUCUUGCCGUCUCGCACAAUAAUUAGUACAGCAAUCUCUAAGGUAAUUGUACAGAAUGCUUUAAAUAUUAUUUAAAAUUUUAUUGUUACUGUAUUUUUGUCUUGUACGACCAAAGUUUACAUGUAACUGAAUAUAAUUAAAACAAGAUUAGAUUAAGUGAUAAAUGAUACUUAGGCGAAGUACAUACAUAACAACAGUUAGUGAAAUUAGACGUUUAAAUGUGAUAUGUAGUUUCCUGACCAACAAUUGAAGACUCUACUGUAAAUGAUAUUCUUAUUUAAAGCCAGAUACCUCAGUUCUGGAUGGCUUGUUAAAAAAAAAAAGUGUUUUACUGAUCUGCGUAAGCAUUUUAAAUGUAGGUAAAUUUUAAAAAGUUCGCUUUUUAUAGUUUUGUAUUGUUUGUGUUUUUAAAGAUAAUUUUCAAAGUUGAGUUUUCGAUUUAAUGUAUGUAAAGUCGACUUAGGCAAUUUAACGGAUAAAAAGGCUGUGCCUCUUUGUUAGGGUAGAGAUAAUACCUAACUGCAAUGACAAAUGUCGAAUUGCUUAAUUAUGCUGUUGAAAAUAAAUUAAGCGAAAUAUUGUC